UCUUUGACAAUAUUUUAGUAUUAUAUUUUAAUAUCUUAUAUAUAUAUCAGUGCUGAACUGAACUGUAACUGAACUGUAAUGAUCGGUCAUUCCUAGAGGGCUUUACGCGUCGUCUGGUUGAUUUGAGACUACAACGUUGGAUCAUGUCGCUUUUGCGUUAGCGGUGAAUUGUACACUGAGUGCCAGAGUGCUUUAAUCAGAGAUGGAUGCUGUCAUUCCUGCUGAUGCAUUUGAGAGAGCAAGGACAAGUAUUUUCUAUGCUUCCAGUGCAGAGGUAGUUCAAAGCCUGGUUAGCGCUGGAGCUUCUGUAAACGCGAUUGAUAACAUUGGAACGACCCCUUUGAUUUAUGCUAUCAGGAAUAGCAUCACCAAUGUAGGUGGCAUUCGUGCUCUAAUCGAUGCUGGUGCUGAUGUAAACUACAGUGACAACGACAAAAAGACCGCAUUGUUUUAUGCUGUUGAUUUUGAUGAUGUAAACAUGGCUGCUUUACUAAUUAACGCUGGUGCUGAUGUCAACAGGACUGACAGUGAAGGACAAACACCUUUGUUUUAUGCACUGAGUCGAAAUAUGGUAAUUCUUUUGGUUAAUAAUGGUGCUAAAGUUAACGAAACUAAUAACGAGGGAAAAACGGCUUUGCAUUGUGCUGUAAUAAACGAUAAAGAACUCCAAUUUUCUGCACUUGUCGAUGUUGGAGCUCAUGUCAACGCAAAAGACAAAGAGGGGAAAACUGCUUUGUUUUACUUAAGGGGUACUCAAACCAUUACCCGUUUAUUAAUAAACGCCGGUGCUGACAUAAAUAUGAGAGAUAAAAAGGGUUAUACAGCUUUAUCGUAUUCAGUCAAAGAACAUCGUGCUGCUGUCGUAACAGACUUGAUUGAUGCUGGUGCCGAUGUCACCAUAGCUGACAAUGAGGAUAAAACUGCUUUAUUUUACGCCGUUGACAAUAAAGAUCUUGUUCUUAAAUUGGUAGGAAAUGGCAAAUCUCAAGUAAAUGCGAGAGAUAUUUACGGACGAACACCACUGUUUUAUGCUUUUACAAAAUCUCUCGAAAUAGCUCGCUGGUUGCUUGCUAAAGGAGCCCUCUUGCACAUUACGGACAAUUGCCAUCUAAGCAUUCUAUCGUUUUACAUCCAUAACCAUUUUUGCCAUUUGGGAAGGUCAUCCAUACUUAAAGGGACUCAGCUUUUUAUAAGACAUGGAAUUUUACAAGAACAGGUAUUCCAGGCUGUCAUUGAUACAUUAUUCUGCAAAGUUCUGUCUUCUCUUUCUGCUUCCUACUCUAUUUCUGAGGCGUUACAGUUUGCCAUUGAAAACAUGGACCUUAAUUCCAAAUGCACAUACAAUCGCCAUGUAAUUAGACAGAUGUUAGAAACUGUAAAGAAAGAAACAAACGAAAACAAAGAUCUUGUUAAAAGAUGGGAAUCCUUGGUUCCUAAAAUACUAAGAUUCCUGAAAAAUCUAGGUGCCAACCCGAACAGCGUAGAUUCCGAUGGCAACACUGCUCUUCACUAUGCAACUCGCUUACCUUAUAUUGGCAUCUCUCAAACAACCGUUAUGAAUAUAUGUUUGCUUCUGAAAAUACUUGGAGUUUCAUUCAAUGUCAAGAACCACCAAAAUGAAACGCCCCUCCUGUAUUGUUUAUCUGGGGAUGCGUAUGACAUUGCGAGCCCCCAGCAGAAGCUUCCAGCAAUUCAAAAUGUUGUGAGAGUAUGUAGUUUUCUGUUAAAGAAUGGAGCAAGGGUUGAAGAAAUAUCACGAGCUGGGGAAUCAGUCUUUCACCUUAUUUUAAAGAUUUGUCAUCAUGGUCUAACUCUUUUCCACGUUGAAUUUGAAAAAAGCAUUCCAAAAGAGACAGAAAAAGUAUUGGAGUUGAUAGUACAGGCAAAGUUAUGCAAUGACGGAUUCACAGUAAAUAGGAGAAACACCAAUCUCAUCUCUCCUCUUCACCUUUGGGCAUCGCUGAAAUACAAUGCUCUUGCUGUAGACCCCAUAGGUGCUAAUGCUUCCACUUCUAAAGAUGAAUCAUUUGAGAACUAUUUACAAAGAAUUUUUCAACUGCUUUUGAAAUGUAACGCAAAACUGAAUGAUAGAAACAUUGAUGACGAAACACCUCUACAUCUUUGCAGAUCAUGGACUGCUGCCAAGCUCUUGCUCGAUGCUGGAGCAAACCCAAACGACCUGGACUCAUUGAGACGCACGCCUCUGCUUGUUGCUGCAAGAAACCUCAAAUUUCUUCGAACGCCUGAUCGCUUGUAUCCUGACGUAUUGCUUGAGCCAAAAGCAUUCUGGAAUUUAGUGCUUGAAAAAGGUCUUGAUCCAUGGGCAGUUGACAAGAAUGGCGAGUCAGUCAUGAGUGUAUUAGUCAAGUCGGAAGCCUUUGCACUUGCAGAAGCCUUGCUGGACGUCGCCUGUGAGACGAACUUUAUUCAAUCUCCAUCCAUUGCUGUUUCGCUUUUGAAUGCUGUUUGCAAAGAUGAGUCACCACGUGCCCUCUGGAAAAGCAUCCUUGUCGAGAAGAUUUUAAAGUCAUCGAAAAGCUAUCUCCUUGGAAAAGAAACCCAAGACACUCCGCUUCAUCUUUGCUGCAGAAAUAUCGUAAGAGAGCCAGGAAACCUUCUAGGAAGAACAUCUGCUCAUUGGACAAUUGCUAAACAGCUUCUCAGUGUUGGAGCCGAUUGCAGAAUUGCUGAUACGUCAGGACUUUCAUGCCUCGACAUAGCAAAAUCCUGUCCUGAACUCCAAGAUUUGUUGCUCAAACCAGUGGAAGUUAUCCAACUACUCAUUCCCUGGAUGUCUGUGUCAACGACAUAUCAACUACAGUUGGCCAAAGUUGCAAGGCGACAGGAAUGUGAACAAGUAGGUCAGUUUUGGUACCACCGAAGUCAUUUAGCCUCUGGUUCAUUCGGAUUUGUUUUUGCUGGAAUCAAUGAGAAGGAUGGCAGAGAGGUUGCUAUAAAACGGAUCGAAAAGCUGCGCCUCCAAAGACCAGAAGACCAGCGGGAAAUAUCAAAUCUUACAGCCCUUGCAGACUGCGAACAAGUGGUUCGUUACUUGUCAUUCUACGACGAUGAUCAUUUUUCAUACGUCAUUUUAGAACUUAUGGAAGGAAAUCUGGAGGAGUACUUUGAUAGUUGUAUCUUUGACCUUGAAAAACUUAUAGGACUUUGCUUAGAUGUCGUAAAAGGCCUGAAAUACUUGCAUGAUAAUGAUGUUCUUCAUCGCGACCUAAAACCAAGCAACAUACUCUACAAAACGCACCCUAAAUUGUGCCUGAAAAUUGCUGACUUUGGCCUUAGCCGUCGUAUGGAUAGUACUGGUUCUUUCUCAGUAUACAGCACCAAUGUUGGAACCAAAUGUUGGAUUGCUCCAGAGGUUUUGAAGUCUUCUAAAGAUUAUUCAAAACCUUCGGAUAUAUUUUCCUGUGGACUUCUUCUUCAUUACAUUUUGACGGUCAAAAAGCAUCCAUUCGCCGCCGCUGCAGUUGAAGGUUCCAAACCAGUUAGUUUGUUGCAAACGCACGAAACACAGUCUAAUGUAAUAAAUAAUAAAAUGGAAGGAUGGGAUGACUCGAUCUGUCCUGAAGCAAGGCACCUUGUGAAAAAGAUGCUUGACGUUGACGUUAUCAGACGGCCAACAGCAACCGACACAUCGGAUCAUCCUCUCUUUUGGCCUAAAAAGAAGAAGAUUGACCUCCUUUCUUCUGUUGCCAACCAGCCAGAAUUUGAAUGUCCACGUGCUAAACGACCACUUCCUCUGACUGAAAUAGAGGCAGACUUUGAUUCCAUCUUUAGUGUCAUUGUCGUUCAUCCCACAUGGGAUGACCCAGCGUAUUUACAUAUGCCUGUUAUUUACGCUGAAAUGAUGAAGAAACGAAAGACACCGUACGAUACUUCCUCUGUUAUUGGAUUAGUACGAUUCAUGCGAAACGCCAUUUCCCAUGUCUCUGAGGAUAAGAGACCAACACCAAUCAGAAAACAGCUUCUGGAAGACUUUGUGUUUUUGGAAUAUUUUCCAAAUUUGGCAAUUGAGGUUUUUGAGGCUGUGACCAAGCAUAAGUGGGAUCAGACAAGAGAAGAGAUCAAGUACGCCAUGAAUAAAUAACAAGCUUGAUCUACUGGUGACUGACUGGAAAGCUUGACUUGGCUUCCAAUUGCCAUGUAAUUAAAAUUAAGCACUGUUUGAUUUUUGUGAAGGACGAAAACCAGAGAAACUGGAGAAAAAUUAAUCCUUUGACACACAAGAGAGAGAGACCCAAUAAACUCUACUCGCAUUCCUCACCGCGGAAAUUGGUCCCGGGUCGCAACACAUGGUGCGAGGAGCGCUUAUUCAAAAGAAACAUUAGCCAAACGCAUAACAAAGGGUUUGAUCUCGACCACUAAAAAAACAAACAGGUUAGAUAGAUAUUAAUAAACAAUUACUUUGAUUAAGGACCAAAUAAUAGAGGUAUGAAUUGAAUUAUUGCCUGAAUUACAACGUUCGUACAUGCAUAUUUAUCUAUAGUGACAGCAUUGACAAACGUAUAAUCAUGCGCCAAAAUUUCCAAGAAAACAAACAUGGCCACUGAAACAUUUUGAAUUUACCACAAGAAUUAGUCCCAGGUCAGCAGGGAAAAUCAAUCUAGUACGAAUAUAAGAAAAUCUCCUUGACAUUGGUUAAUAGAUCAAAAUACAACUGUUUUCUACACCUUCAAGAAUUGAGCUUAUGCUUAUCCUCCGCACUUUCGUAGCUGACUUUGAAUUUUUUUCAGAACCAUUAGCAUUUCGUGUUCCGAAGUAGGUAAAGCCCGCGAUAUUUUCACUGGCUUGUCUUUCAGCCCUGUUGUCCAUAGUAAGAGUAAAUACAUAAUAUAUUAUGAAAACGGCAUACCUGUGUGCAGCGUUCGUACAUGUGUUCUGGUGGAAGAUACGAGAGGUGAACGUCGUGCGCGUUUAACUCCACUCCAUCCUGGGGGGAAACGAGAUCUUUAUAAUGAAAUGGGGUCGUCGUGCGAACGUUGUUGGGCAUGUAUAGGCCUACUCUGAUAUAUUUUGGUCUAGCUUCGGUACAAACAACACCAUACAAGGGGUUGAAAAAGGGUAUUUGUACCCAAGCUAGACCACAAUGCACCCUGUUUGCUAUGUCAGAAAAGGUCUAUAAGAAUUGCUAAAAUACCGCUGUGUUCCUUGACUCAUUUAUACAGGGCUAGCCUCAUUUUAGUAUGAGAAUAUUCACAAAUGCUAAUGGUAUGCGGUAAAGUAAAGAAUGUACAACUUUAACAACUUUCCCUGGAAAAUAUUAAUAUUCUUAUUCACCGCAAAAUCGAAGUUAGUCGUGAGCAAAAGAGAAUUCGAGUCUUGAGUUUUAACGAUAACUACACAUUUAUGAUCCUUCGGAGAGCAAGAGAAUACUGCAAAGUAAAGUCUAUGUUUCUAGUAAAAGUUUCUAGUGACGUCCCGUGCCAUGCUGUGACCGUAAACGUGAAGUGUCAUCCAAUUCUGAUUGGAUGAUCCUCAACGUAACCGUUACCUUACGUGCAACAAUUGGUUCCACAAAUGUCCUCAAUUCCAUACCAUAAUGUGACAAGCCAUUUCGCAGUCAUGAGCAAUCUACUCUACCGUCACAGUCACGGCACGGCACGGUACAUUUUCACGUGCUGUAGAUAAUAUUCAAUUACUGACCUGUUUUAUAAUAAACAAGUAGGCUGCCAUGUUGGAAAUGAUGUUGCCAUGGGUUACCAAAGCGCCCUUAGGAUAACCUGCGUUUAUAACAGAAUAUCACUCAGCCACCUUAAAAGGUCGUUAGUUCAUUCGGUCAGUAUAGAGCGUUUUUACUCGCGUGACAAGGCAGCAAUAUUGGUAUACCAAACAAUAGAAACUUUCUUCACAGUUUUUGCAUUAAAAAAAAGAGUUGCAUUACCGGAGGAUAGAAAAUGUAUCCUUUUGGUACACCAGCAUGGCCGCUGUGACGUCACGUGAAAGCCAUCUACUAAUAUUUACCCGUAGUACCGCUGGUCCAGCUGAUUGUAUGCACAUCGUUUGGUCCGGGGGGCUAAAAAUCAAUUAGAAGGAUAACUUAAUAAAUAAUUUAGGCUUUGCACCAUCACGUGAUAGUAGACAUGUUCACAGGAUGGAAGGCACUUUUUCCAUGGGAAACUGAAUUCUUUCUCAUGUAAAUCAGAUUAGACCAGGUGAAAUUGGUCCUGCCUCCUGUCAUGGCUGCCAUCACGUGAUGGUGCAAAGGCUCUAUAGUACUCUUAUCUUGUAUAUAUAUAAGCAAUAUUUUUAUUGCGUGUGUACUAGUAUAUGAUGGUAGCUUCACUUUUAGAGUGGUUUUCCUCAGACCGUGAAAUAGUUAGUAGACUAAUAGAGGUUUGUAGAUUGUAUUUCCAUUGUUUUCUUUGAGUCUAUUUGACUAUUAUACACUAAUUAUCACUACUAGGAACUGUUUCAAGGUCUGAGGAAAAUCUCUCAAAUAUCUCACAAUUGAAUUUAUUCAAAGACAGUACCUUUUAAUAUUAAUGCCGAUACUUACCAAAAUAGGGUGUUUAUUAUUCUUUCCAAGUUCCUGUGGAGGGAAUUGAAAUAAAGUUGAAGUGAUACUAAAAAAUACUCGGUGGCCCAUUAGAAAAGUGAGUAAUUAGUUGUCUUAAAUUUCUAGAUAAGAUAUUUAAGGUAUUCCUAGAUAAAAUAAAGGCUUCUAUGAACCAACGUACCAGAUAAUCAGAUCAUAAUUAAUGUAGUAUCGUGACAAUAAGAUAUUGAAUGUAUAAAUAAUUACAGCCUU